GAUUACUAGUUAUUUGUUAAAAAAAAAUGUCUCAAAUUGCUUCUAAUCCAGUGCAUAGCGCGGUUCCUUUACCACCGCUUCAGCCACCGGAACCAACUUUUCCAUCAAAACUUAUACUCGAACUUCGAGGAACUCGAUUUGAAAUCGAUCGCGAGAUGUUGAUGAGUUUGCCUGAGAGCAUUCUUAUUGUUAUGUUUCCUAACGGUUUAAUAUUGGGCAGAAGUGGUACACUUGAUUAUGAAGAAGAAGAGGAACAAGAUGACCAUGCUUCAACAGAUUCUAUGGAACUUGAAGAUCAAGUUAUUUAUGUAGAUUUCGAUCCUCUAUGUUUAGAAUUUAUCAUGAACUUUUAUAAAACUGCACAGGACACUUUUUAUUCUAACCAAGGAAGUACAAAUUUUCCGCAAAGUCCUACACAAAAUCCUCUCUUAAGCAAGCAAGCAAUCAUUGUUUUGAGAGAAGAAUUGGACUAUUUUACUAUACCUCCAAAACAAAAUAAAAAGGAUAUUUUAGCAAAUACAUCAUCAUCACCUGUUGGAAAUACCAGUGAGGCCCUUGAAAUGACCGAAGUUGAAUCCGCAAUUAAUAUUCAUGAGCUGAAGACGGAAUGUGGUACAAUCCUUCUUGAUCAAAAGAAGAUAUUUACUGCAUUACAACGUAAUGUUAAUAAAGAAAACAACGUAGCGGAACAACAUUUGAUAGACAUGUUGUGUGUAUCGGGUUUUUCAAGAGACGAUGAAUGGGGAUAUCGUAAUAUCGAGCCUCACAAGACUAGUAUUGUUAGUAUCGCACUCGUAAUGCUAAAAACGACUGGACAAAGUAAUCAAAUGGCGACAGCACAGAAAUUAUUACUAUUUUGGAGAAAGCCGGCGAGAAAGUGUUGGUGGGAUGGCUUAGAAGUUUCAGUUGGUGGUGAUAAAGUUAUACCAGUCCGACUGUGGUGCAGGCGCACAUGGACUUUGGAAUUGGCUUUGGUAUAAAUAAUAUGGAUAGUGUCUUUCAAUGCCUUUAAGUUUCAAAUAUUUUGUCCACAUUAACGAUUUAUACGUAAUAUUUUGACUCAAUUUUGUUCUUCUUUUCUUUUUUUUUUUAUUAUAAUACUUAGAUUUUUUUUUAUCUCAAAGUCAGAAAACCGAAAUAAUUCAUGUUCUAUAUAUUUUAUCGUUCUUAUCCCUUUAAAUAUAAUGAACUUUAAUAUAACGACAUAUUUAUUUUCUUUGUUUAUCAUUGACACUUUUAAUUUUUUGUUCUGUUAUCUUUUAUCUUGUAAAUUAUUUAAGAUUUAUAAAAUAAAUUAUUAU